GGAACGGGGUCGCGAUGGCAGUAGGGUCAGCGCCUGGGACGUCCGACCGUCCAGCUCCGUCCGUGAUGCUGGGCGUCCCCACCACCUGUCCCGGUGUGGGCCGUCGCCCCUCCUCUCCCGCGGGGGCCGGGCCUGGGGUGGCGCCUGGCGGGCGGGGGCGGGCCCAGCUGCGGGGGCGCAGUCGCCGGGCUGCGGGCGGCGGGACGGACGAGACCGGGGCCCCGGGUGGCACCCGGCGGGCGGGCGGGCGCCAUGGAGCUGCUCUCGGCGCUGAGCCUGGGCGAGCUGGCGCUCAGCUUCUCACGGGUGCCGCUCUUCCCCGUCUUCGACCUCAGUUACUUCAUCGUCUCCAUCCUCUACCUCAAGUAUGAGCCAGGAGCAGUCGAGCUGUCCCGGCGCCACCCCGUCGCAUCCUGGCUGUGCGCCAUGCUGCAUUGCUUCGGGAGCUACAUCCUGGCUGACCUGCUCCUUGGGGAGCCACUGAUCGAUUACUUCAGCAACAACUCCAGCAUCCUGCUGGCCUCAGCUGUCUGGUACUUGAUUUUCUUCUGCCCCCUGGACCUCUUCUACAAGUGUGUCUGCUUCCUGCCUGUGAAACUCAUCUUCGUGGCCAUGAAGGAGGUGGUGCGAGUCCGCAAGAUCGCGGUGGGCAUCCAUCAUGCCCAUCACCACUACCACCACGGGUGGUUCGUCAUGAUUGCAACUGGGUGGGUCAAAGGUUCUGGUGUCGCCCUCAUGUCUAACUUUGAGCAGCUGCUCCGAGGGGUCUGGAAGCCAGAGACCAACGAGAUCCUGCACAUGUCUUUCCCUACCAAGGCCAGCCUGUAUGGAGCCAUCCUCUUCACUCUCCAGCAGACCCGCUGGCUCCCAGUGUCCAAAGCCAGUCUCAUCUUCAUCUUCACCAUGUUCAUGGUGUCCUGUAAGGUGUUUCUGACGGCCACCCACUCACACACCUCCCCCUUUGAUGCCCUGGAGGGCUACAUCUGCCCCGUGCUGUUUGGUUCGGCCUGCGGGGGUGACCAUCACCAUGACAACCACGGUGGGUCCCACGGCGGUGGUGGGCCAGGAGCUCAGCAUUCGGCCAUGCCUGCCAAGUCCAAGGAGGAGUUGAGCGAGGGCUCCAGGAAGAAGAAGACCAAGAAGGCGGAUUAGGGGGUGGCCCAAGGGGCACCGGAGAGAGGACCCGGACCCAGGACCCUCUGAGCUGGCAGGCUUCCUGCGCUCAGAUCUAUCCUUUCCUGGCCUUGACUUCCCCAUCUGCACAUCAGGGUCAUUGGCUCACCCUCCAGGGCUGAUGUGAGGGUUGAGAUCUGGGGAUGAGGAUGAAGAACUUUUGUAGAAAUUGGGGUUCCCUCUUUCUUUCUGCCAGGACCCCAUAGAGUCACAGGUUUUGGAGGGGUUCACGGAAUCCUGGCAGCAGCCCCAGCCAAGAAUAUCACUGGUUGGCACUUAUAUGCUUAGUUCUAUUUUCCCUUCUUUAAAAUUGCAUCUUGACUGGGCACAGUGGCUCAUGCCUAUAAUCCUAGCACUUUGGUAGGCCGAGGUGGGCGAGUCACCUGAGGUCAGAAGUUCAAGACCAGCCUGGCCAACAUGGUGAAACCCUGUCUCUACUAAAAAUACAAAAAUUAGCCAGGCGCCAUGGUGCACACCUGUACUCCUAGCUACUCGGGAGGCUGAGGCAGGAAAAACACAUGAAUCCAGGAGGUGGAGGUUGCAGUGAGCCAAGAUCUUCCCACUGCACUCCAGCCUGGGCAAUAGAGCAAGACCCUGUCUCAAAAAAAAAAAAAAAAAAUUGCAUAUUGACUCCUGAAGAACUUCAAGCCAUGUUGUGAUCAUUCAUUUGAUGGACAUUUUGUAAGUACCUAUGAGCCAGGUGCUGCUGUUUCAAAGUCUCUUACCCACGCUUCUCAGUGGCUAGACCUUUUCCCGUACCCAGAAAGUCCCAACUCUUGCUGGGUGUCCCUGGACAAGUUGCCUUCCUCCUCUGAGCUUGGCGCUGCCCAUGUGUAUAGUGGCGACCCUUGGCCCCCUCUCUGUACAGAAGGGCUGAUGUGAAGCUGCGGUUGAAAAAGGCUCACAUGCUCCUAAGCCUCGUGCAGUCAGGAGGGGAGAACAGGACAGUUGGAAAUUAUGAUUGCAAAUGGCUUUGCAUUUUAGAUCAUUCGUGUGUGUGGAUCAGAGAAACGCACAAGUUCCCUGGCACAAAGGAAGCCCUCAGUAGACAUGUCUAGGGCAGGCUUGAGAGAUCAGAUGGUGUGAAAGGCUUGUGAUCUGUUCGUCUCAGGCUCCCCCUAAACCAAGGAAAUGGAGCCAGCUGGAUGGGAUUCCACGAUCCAGCUCUAUCGAGGGGCUGUGAGUGUGCACAGUUGGGACUUGGAAGUGUCAGGUCUCCCUCAGGCUGGAGUCCAUUGUCACUCAUUCAGCCAUUGAACAAACAUGCGGAUGCUUCCCUGCUCUGUGCUCAGCCUUGUGCUGCUGCUGGGCAGGGCAGGAACCUGCUUCAGUGUGAACGAGGUGGAUGAUAUUAUAGCUGCAGGGUCCUUUCUGGCCACCCUCGUCUCAGUCUAGGUCACCAGGAUGUCUAAGACGGGUGGGUGCAUGGGACAGGCAUGGCCAGUCUCAGGUGAGGUUUGGGCCCAGACCUCGUUGGAGUCCCAGAUGUUGCCAGGCUGUUGGAAAAGUGCCUUGUUCCUGUGAUGCCUGAGAGUUAGGUGGGUCCUGGGGAGGUUUCAUCCUCUUGCUUGUCCACCUCAGCUCGGCGUGGAGGGGCAGCCAAUAAAUCAUUGUGAAUGAACCCUCA